CUUGAUUUCUGUAUGUCAUGCUUUUCACACUCAGUGCAGUGCGGUGGUAGUGGUGUCGAGACAGAUCCUAUAAUUUAAAUAAACUUUGCUAAAGAAGUUACACGUCUUCUGGAUCAAUGUGGCGUCAGUCAAUCUGAGGAAAAACGUAUUCCGUCUGUGAGUUACUGGUUCCUAAAAUAUCAAGAUGGAUUCUACCACUGUGCCUGUGAUCUUCACCCCCUCACCCGCCAACAAUGAGUCUAACUGUAACACCCUAUACGCCCACCGGGACUAUGCCAGAGUUCUCAUGCCUAUAUUCUAUUGCACCGUGUUUGCUGUGGGGCUGUUCGGUAACUGCCUCGCCCUCCACGUCAUCCGCCCCAAUGUGAAGAAGAUCAACUCCACCACCUUAUACUCUCUCAACCUGGUCAUUUCCGACAUCCUUUUCACCCUGUCUCUGCCUGUGAGGAUUGUCUACUAUGCUCUGGGCUUCCACUGGCCUCUGGGUGAGUCGAUGUGUAAGAUCUCGGGCCUCAUUUUCUAUAUCAACACCUACGCAGGGGUCAAUUUCAUGACCUGCCUCAGUGUAGACCGCUACAUCGCUGUUGUCUUGCCUCUGCGGUUUGCCCGAUUCAGAAAGGUCAGUAACGUGCGCUACAUAUGUGUUGGUGUUUGGAUAUUGGUCCUGGCCCAGACCCUCCCCCUCCUCGGCAUGCCUAUGACCCACACAGAAGAGGAUGGCUCCAUCACCUGUAUGGAAUACCCCAACUUUGAGAAGGUCGACCAUAUUGCCACUAUACUGAUUGGUGCUGUCUUCCUGGGUUAUAUGAUCCCUGUGAUAACCAUCCUGGUGUGUUACUCUGUCUUAUGCUCCAAACUCCGCUUAACAGCCAAGACCAACCAUUUGACGGAUAAGUCUGGUCGCAGCCGCAAGGCCAUCGGUGUGAUCUGCUGUGUGUCCAUGGUCUUUAUUGUCUGUUUCAGCCCCUAUCACAUUGAUAUCCUGCAGUACAUGAUCCGCAAGCUGGUGUCGAGUCCUAACUGCGUGGAUCUCACAGCCUUUCAGGUGUCGUUGCACAUCACAGUCUGCCUCAUGAACCUCAACUCCUGUUUGGAUCCGUUUAUCUACUUCUUUGCCUGCAAGGGCUACAAGAGGAAACUUAAGAAGCUGCUGAAGAUGCAGGUCAGCAUGUCCUUCUCGAGCGCAGCGAGGACGUCGCCUGAAGGCUCCUCCAAGGAUGUUAUUGACGGCAACAAGAUCCAACUCAACAGUUCUAUUAUAGGUGCAACCAGUGAGAGACCCACAGAAAGGAGAUCACACAAGUAUGAGUAAACUGAAGAGCUGAGGCACCAAGAGUUGCAUAACGUUAGAUACUUUUAUGUCUUAGUGGGCCAACUUCAAUCAGGACAGUGUCUCGGACAAACUGAGCUGAACAUUGAAAUGGACUCCAAGCAGCUACUUAGCAUCUGGAUCCAUAUGAAUUCAGCUGUAUUGGACCAGAUUAGCUAACACAAGGGAAGAACAUCAACAAAAUUUUGACAGGGAAAAUACAGUAUCUCUUCUGUUUACACAUUUUCUGAUUGAUAUUAAUGAAUUGCUCAGGAAAGCAGAAAAUGAUUGCAGCUAAGGAAAGAAAUGAGGAUACCGUUUUAUUUUAUAAUAUUACAAGUAAACUGAGGAGGCAGAGGACAAAGCAGGGCAUGAUGGAAGUGGACGGUCAACUGAUAACGAGCUGAAAGAGACAUUGAUGAACAUCUAUCAAGUCCACGUGUCAUGUGUUGUAGUCGUAAAAGCAAUAUACUCACCUGAAAAAAACAUUCUUGAAAGCAAAAAAAUAUUUACAGUCAGACAAUUACCUCACAACUGAUCCCAUCCCUACAGUGUUACUUUUAGGAACUGAGAAGUUGAGGUGAAAGUAGAUAAGAGUUUCAUUCCAAAAUGAAAUCAGACUCACAUUCUCAAGUUUCAGUUCAACAGUACCCGUAUUAUCUCAGCUGCUUUAACAUUAAUUUACUCAUGCUAAAACUGGAUGUGAAUAAUGUUGUGAUUUUAUUUAAUAGCUUGUGGAUUGAGCUGUUUUUGGAGUUAUACUGAAAUAAUAAUGCUAUCAAAGCUAAAUAGGAAGUGUCAGUUUUAAUUUUUGAUGAGUUAAGACAGGUGUAACAUCAUUCAUGCACAUUAAAAUCAUGUGUCAUUUCAUUUGUCCAGAAUGCUGGAUCUGUUGACAUAGCCUAUUUAAUAGUUUCUGUUUGUACAAAAAUACACCUCUGUGGCAGUUCCGAAAUUAAUUUUAUGUGUUUCAUGUGGGAUUUUUGUCUUUAUUUUGGAAUUUAGUUAUUAAUGCUCUGUACUUCCACGCGUGUGAUCUGCAUGUAGCAACACAUACGUCGGGUCACAUGGAUAACAAUCCUGUUUGAACGUGUGGUAUAUGUGGUAAUCUUCAGAACAAGAAAAUAAUGACACGAUAUACCGAAAAUGUCAUGAAGCUCACAAAGUUGAAUGCAAAACUGCAGCAAAAUGGAUUGAGCAGGAUAUACUGUAGUUUCAAAUGUUUCUCUGUUAGUGGUCUGUGUGAUGAGCUUCCAUCCCCGCAAAAGAACCCUCGACAUAGUUUAGACAGCGAAGGGGCAUUGGGGCUGAUUGGAAAAGUGGUGGGGGUCAUCGACUGUAAUGCAUCCAAAACGUAUCCAGUAUUUCUUGAACAAUGUUGUUGACUGUGUGAUUGACAGAUACCUCAGAAUCACACUCUGCUCUUCACUCCCCUCCUCCUCGCCUCCAAUCAUCCCUCUGAACUCCCAUCGCAAACGUUCGAUUAUAACAUUUCUCAGCUCUGAAAGAUGUUGAGGAAUUAGAGAUAAUCUAAAUGUUUAAAAAGCGACAGACACUCUAAAUGAAACGGUUUUAAUUUGCUCUGUCCACAUGUGAAACAUGCCACGCUAGAUAAUGCCAUAUUCGUUCUAACGUUUGAGCAUAUUUGAACAAUAUCUGAAAUAAAAGAAAAUUCUAAAAUGUGCAAGAGUGAAUGUUAUUAUGUCAGCUUCUCGUUAGAGCAGAAUUACUGCACUGUGUGUAUAGUAUAUGCACACAUAUACACACAUAUACAUAUACUAUACAUGUGUGUAUAGUAUAUGCGUCACCAUUUUACUAUUUUUCGUUUCUAUGCACAGAUUUA